AUGGGCGCGGGUGACCCAGGAUCCGUCGAGACAGAUGUGGAGCGGCUUGGUGAUCGGAGGCCCGCCGAUGCAGAAAUAGACGAUGUCAAGGCCACCGGCUCGUCAGGCGGCGGGAGAGAGAAUGUGCGGAGGAAGCGGCACCUGCUCGUUGCGAGCUCCUGCAUCCUUGGAACGGAGCUAUGCGAGCGCCUGGCUUUUGUCGGCCUGGCGACCAACCUUGCACUGUACCUGGUCCGUUACAUGGACUACAGCGCGGCACGCGCGAGCCAGAUGCUGCAGAUCUGGAAGGGCAUGGUCUUUACGACACCCCUCAUUGGCGCCUACCUGGCCGACGCUUACUUGGGCAGGCGCGUGCGGUUCCGCACCAUCCUGCUGUUCAGUGCCGUGUACAUGGCAGGCUUGGCCGGGAUCACGGGCGUCAACCUCUCGCCGACCCUGCAGCCACGCCGAGGGCAGCCGCCGCCGAGUGGAGAGUACGGCCCCACGAUCGCCGCCUUUUGGGCUUUCAUGUACCUUAUUGCUCUUGGCAGCGGCGGCAUCAAGCCGUGCGUGGGCAGCUUCGGGGCCGACAACUUUGACGAGCAGCGGCCAAUAGAGCGGCGGUGGCGCUCGACGUACUUCAUCUGGUACUAUUGCUCCAUCAACCUGGGCGGCCUCAUCGCCGCCCUGGCCAUCACCCCCAUUCAAGAGGCCAAAGGCUACGGCAUCGGCUUCGCCAUCCCCACCGUCUUCUUCGGUGCUGCGGUUGCCACGCUGAUUGUCGGCGCCAGCUUUAAGCUCUACCGCUUCGUACCGCCGGAAGGCUCACCCCUGAAGCGCGUCUUUUUGGUGCUGAAAUGCGCCCUGGUGACGAACCGGGGGCUGCCGAGGCCGGGCGCGGGCACGGAGCUUUACGACCCCCCGCCCGGCGCGGGCGGCCUUGAGUACCGAAUGGCCCGCACCCCAAGGUACCCCUGGCUCGACCGCGCCGCACUGCUCCACGGCCGCCCAGAGCUGCGCCAGCCCACCCUGACAGAAGUCGAGGAGACAAAGGCGCUGAUGGGGCUGGGCCCCAUCCUGGUCGUGACCGCGCUGUUCAUGUGCUUCCGGGACCCGGUUUCGACGCUGCUGCCGCUGACGGGGGACACGAUGGACCGGAGGAUAGGGGGGCGCGGCGAGCGGGUGCCGGCGGCGUCGCUGUCUUUUGCAAACCCGGCCGGCAUGCUGCUCAGUGUCAUGAUUUAUGAUGCGCUGGUGGCGCCCGCGUUCGCACGGAUGGGGCGGCCCAUCACCCCGAUGCAGCGCCUAGGUGCUGGCAUAUUCCUCCAGGUCUUUGCGCUGCUUGCUGCCGGUUUCCUGGAGAUCGCGCGCUACAAGGCGGUGGCAGACACCGGCCUGCUGGCCACCUUUGACGCCGCCAAGGCGAGCGACCCGACCCUGAACCCCGGCAGGGGGCCCUACUUUGUCCCGAUCUCUGUGUGGUGGCAGGUGGUCCCCUACUUUUUGGAGGGCAUCAGCGAAACGCUGGCUUUUGCAGCAGCAACGGAAAUCGUGUACACACAGGUGUCAGAGGGCACGCGCUCCCUGUCGUCUUCCAUCCUGCUGCUCGGUAUCGCGGUCGGCGCCUACCUCUCCGGCGCUGUCAACCAGGCCGUCUCAGCGGCCACCGGGGCGGACCCAUGGCUGGCGUCCAACGCGCUGACGGGGCACUAUGACUGGUACAUGUUCCUCAACGCGGGGCUGCUGGCCGGCACCUGGGUGCUCUUCCACUUUUGGAUCGCACGGAACUAUGUGGAGCGCGCCGUCGUGCCGCGAGAGGGCAGCCAGAGCCAGGUCAACUUGAAGACAUCGAUGCUCGUUGAGUCAAAGACGGAGGCAGAGGGCAGGCCGGACUCACCAAGCCGCGAGCGGCUGUUGGCACGCGCCAGUAGCGACACCGAAGGCGCGCCGGCGGCCACAGCCGCGCCUAGCAGCCGCGGCGCAGCCGGCAGCAGCGGGGGCGGCGGCGACGGCGGCGGUGGCGGCGGCGGCGGCGCUAGCAAAGCGGCCGUUGGGGUGGGCCUUGUCGGCGCGGCGGUGCUCCUCUUGGUCACGCUCAAGGCCACUGGAUUUGAUGUGCAGGCUGCCGUCAAGGAUCUGGAGGACCUGAUCUCGAGAUCCGGUUACUUGGGACCCCUGAUCUUCAUUGGGGCCUAUGCGGGCGCCACCGUGCUGCUUUUCCCGGCGUCGCUGCUGACACUUGGCGCGGGCUACCUUUUCGGCCCCCUCGCGGGGACCGCUCUGGUGUCUGUCGCCUCCACCACCGGCGCGACGCUCGCGUUCCUCAUAAGCCGCUACCUGGCGCGGCCGUUCGCGGAGGGCAAGCUGCGGGAGUACCCAAAAUUCGGCGCUGUGGACGGCGCCAUCGGCAGGGAGGGCGCGAAAAUUGUGCUGCUGCUGCGGCUGAGCCCCCUGUUCCCAUUCAACCUGCUCAACUACUUUCUUGGGGUGACGCGGAUCGGGCUCCUGCCUUACGUCGGAGCUUCAUGGCUGGGCAUGCUGCCAGGGACCUUUGCGUAUGUGUUUUUGGGGUCGGCUGGCAAGGAGGCCGGCGAGGCGGCGGCGGGUGGCGGGGGCGGCGCCAAGUGGGUGCUGUACGCGGUCGGGGCGGUUGCGACGGUGCUGGUGACGCGGGUGAUAUCCCAGGCGGCGAGCAAGGCGCUGCAGGAGAGCGGCACGGAGGAGGAGGGGGCGGCAGAGUGA